AUGUUUAAACGAAAGCGUGACGGCCCCAAGGAUGAGGAACGCCUCAGCGGCUUUGAUCUUGAGUGGCCCACCUCGCAAAGAUGGAAGCCCUAUUACUCUGUCCCGCGUAACUCGCUGGACGAACACAAUGCCUCACAGGUCUCGUUUGGAUCAGACAAAGGUGUCACAGCUCCCGAAAGGCCGCAGGGUUUGCCUCAUCCCCUGUCUUUUGGGAGGAGUAAGCGCGACAUGGACACGUUUGCGAGAGGUAUUCGACAAGACAUAGCUGAGGAGAAUGCCGACGAAGAAGAGUUCUCUAAUCUCAAACUUUGGAUAGAGACAAUGUCCGAAUUGUACAUGAAUGACUUGGAUAACCGAGCGCGAUGGGAUCCGCGAUGGCUCAACGUGACUCGGCGAGAGCGUUUCGAGGGAUUGGAAUCUGUCACUGUCUCGACCGUUGACUAUUAUGCAGAUGACAGGAUAGAGCGAAGCGAGCUUAUCACCACCAAAAGGGACCUCGCAGCUGCCCUCGACACGCGACCUGAAGGCUCCCAGGUGCGUGUCAUCAUGGUCAGUGACCUGAGUCGUUUCGUUAUGGGCGUAUUAGGGCAGCUGUAUUCGGUUGAUCCCGAGUUCUGGUACGAACAGCUCAUAUCAUCAGGGUACUGCGCAAGCGACAGCGGGCUCAAACUGAAGAACGCAGCAUGGAUGAACUGGGCUGAGCAAGAAACACGGUUUCGCCAUCGCCCUCUCCCCGGGAUAGGACAACGAACGGAGUGGAAUUUGUCUCGCCGGACAAAGCCUCGGAAAUGGGCUCAUCUCCGCUGGGGUCGUCUUGGUCUGCUUCACUACCUGGGUCGGAAAGGCUUUUAUGAGGAUGAGAUCGCCAAGCGCAUCUCUGAUGGACGCUGGACAAUCGAGCGAGACGUCGUUCUGGACAAGUACGGUCUACUCAUGACCGAUAAAAGAAAGAAGCGGGCGGAAAACAAGAUCAAAGAAAGGAAGAAGAAAGAGGAGAAGGCCAAAAAGAAGGGCAAAGAGAUGUUUGAUGUUUCACAACCAUCUGAUCAUCGUGGUAAUGAGAUCGAAGGCACCUCAACUCGAACCAAGACAUCCAACGUGUACCGCCCCUACAGCACAUUCCACCCCGUGCUUCCGCAGAACCCGACAUAUUGGCAUAACAGAGAUCUCAGGGUAAUGGCUCCGGAGGGUCUGGGCUACUGGUCCAGCGUAGACCAGAAGGGCAGGAAGACCAUCAUUCUCGUCUUUGACCCGUCAAGAACCAUGCAGCAUGAUAAGACAAAAGAGAAGACCCCUUCUCUGACGUUCAUGCCUAGAGCUAUGGAGUUUGAGUCAUAUACAGAUGAAGAGCUCUGGCGGGUUGCUGACCCGGAUGAGACGUACCUUGAUCCACCCGCACCACCAUUCACAAAAGAGCAGCUGAAGAAGGAAAAGAAAGAAGCAAGACGAAAACGAGCACAGGAGAGGAAGGACAAGACAAAGGGAAAACUGACCUCCGACGUAGAGGACAAAGGGAACGACACUGACUCUAUCUACUCCAGUGAUUCCGAAUUCGACGAAGAUUAUCAAGACAAACUCCGAACCGCAUACAAGUUCCGUCAGCCCUAUAUGCGGGACCGUGACUUUGCGCGCAAGUACUCUUUAUCCACGAUGGACCUCGUGUACCGAUACAUCAGCAAGAUCCCCACCAAUGAGCUUAACCAAGAUGAUUCCGUCAUCCCGUCUGUUCUCACACGACUCUCUUUUGACGACCUGUGGCAGCUCCUUGCCGAGCUCCGGCUGAUGCAGGAUCAUAUCGAUGCGGACCUCGGUGCUGAUUUGCACAUCCACUUGCUAGAAGCUGCUGGAACUAUGACAAGGCAGAAUGUAGCGUGGGUUCGCUCGACAUUGCAGGAGCUGAGCGAGUGGAUCGAUCAUAUCAACAAGUCCAGGCAUAUUCUCAACUUGUCCGAGGAAAUAGUGGAUGAAAUGCUUGAGCUCCGGAAUGAUCUACAGUCUCUCCAAUCACGCUCCGAGCAGACCCUCAAUCUUCUCGUCGCCUCAACUGGCAUUGCCCAAUCCGCCCUCGUCAUCGAUCAAACAUCUGGCAUCAACAAGUUGACCGAGCUCGCCUUCUUCUUCAUCCCGUUGUCGUUCAUCACGGCCAUCUUCUCCAUGCAAGUCGCAGAACUCACCGAGUCACCGCCCAAGAUGUGGACGUGGGGUCUGUCGCUCGGCAUAGUCUUUUUCGUAACAUACCUGGUACGCAGCUUCCUCAGAUCGCCGUCAGUCAGGCUCUAUGCGAUGGAAGCUCGUGUAACGAUGCUGAACCGAUUCACGCCCAAAUCCCGCUCUGCAUCCCGCCGUCUCAACUCGGUCGGCAACCGUGCCAUUGCCGAGUAUCUCCUAUACUUCAUCUCCUGCUGCAUCAUGUGUGUUAUAGUCAUCUCAAUCCUCUUCGCAUUUGUUUUCCUCGUACAUUUCGGACUCUGGGCUGGAGGAGCAGGAACAGCCCUGUACUUCAUCAUCACGCGAUGGCCAGAACCUGCUGUUCUGGCACCGUGUUUCGUGGCUAUUGUCCUGUCGGCGGUGGGCUUCUGGGCGUCGUGGUAUUGGAGGGUGGAGAUACAGGUGUUCUGGGAGACGUGGUCGAUGGCUGUGGCGGAUAUGAUAGGGAGUCAGUGGCCUGAGAAGUGGAAGAUGGAUCGUGUUGAGGAUGAGGAUCUGGAUCAGGAGGGGGUUAAGACGUAUGCUAGGCAGGCAAUAUUCUUUGCGUCUACGUAG